AUGUCGAAAUUCUCGUUAAAAAAACACCAGUUUCUUGUCUCCUCUUCAAUCAUGUCACAAACAUCACCAGAGUUCGAGAAGCUCUUUACGCAACACGCGUCACCGCGUGAGAGAAUCAAGCUGCCAGAUGAAGACCCCGUGGCGUUCCAUCUAAUCUGCCAGUCGGCUCAUGGCUCCUUUAUCCCGAAUGCCCACAUAUCAUUGGAAACGCUUGUUAAGAUGGCUAAUGCUCUGCAACGAUACAAGAUUCCUGCUACAUCCCGUGUGCACCACACUGUAGCGUUUGGUUUUCUUGUGCGAACGAUAAGGCCAGAGACGCUGUCUAUGGUCCAACUUCUGAUGCUUCUUCACAUCGCGAGAAUUCUAGGCUCUGAGAAAUACGAACAAUUUCUCCAAGAAGUUUCUCUGCAUUGCCCGCUUCGACUGGAAGCAUUGAGCGACGAGCCGAUUGCUGACAUCCCGGACACAAAUUGUAUUGUAGUCUUGGCAAAUUUGAUGCUACGGGUUGCUGCGUGCCGUGCAGAAGUGGCAUGUACAUUGUUGAGUGCAGCCGGAAGCGAUGGAGCCUUCCAUGCUCAUCAGAAAAGUGACUUGGCUGUUUGGGUACUAGAAGACAGCCCCAGCCUAAAGGAAAUAGAUGCUCGCAUCCAAGAUUUGAAGCGUGCCGUUGAUCUUCAGAGGGAUCAGCUGCAUGACGCCAGUGGAACGAUCAAGGAAGCCACUGCAGACAUCAACCGUUAUGUUCGCGCUACCAUCGGAGAUGGUCCAGGGCCAGAAGAAAGUCGCACAGAAGAGACCAUGAACCUAGAUACUUGCCACGAUGUCAAGCGAUUGGAAAUUCUAAUCGCGGAAGACGAGCAUGCGUCAAAGAACUUCGUCAAUAUUGAUAAUCUGGACUUAGACGAUACUUCAUCUCACGGCACAGCGUUUGAGGACAUCGAGGCCCACAGCAAACCUACGGGAAUCACUCUGGAUGAUUAUCUGGAUCAUGAGGACGCUGAGUCUGUGGUUUCUGCUCGGACAAUAUAG